AUUUGAUGAAUUGUUUAUCUUUGCUGGUUCUCGAUUAACUUUAAUUCAUUUGUUCUAUUUAGUUUAUUCUUCAAGUUUCAUUGGAGAAAUCUUGUAACAAAGAGCUCUAAAACUCGUCUGGGCGAAAUGAUCACUCACGGGAUAUGGAUUUUCUGUCUUUUGUCUGUGGUAGGAUUUUCUGCUGCUGCAACGAACAGUCAGCCAAAGGGAAAGAAGCCUUACAAGAUCGUCUGCUACCUAGGAAGCUGGGCAAAUUACAGAAGAGACGAUGGCAAAUUCUUAAUUGAAGACAUCGAUCCCAAGCUUUGUACCCAUCUAGUUUAUGGAUUUGCCAAGUUGAAUCACAAUAAUAAAAUUGCUGCUUACGACCCUUACCUAGAUCUCAAAGAAAACUGGGGACUUGGAGCAUAUGAGCGUUUUACUGGUCUAAAGAAAAAGAAUCCCAGUCUAAAGACCUUGCUAGCAAUUGGAGGAUGGAACGAAGGUUCGACCAAAUAUUCUCGCAUGGCCAAAACCGCAUCUUCUAGAAAGACAUUCAUCGACAGUUGUAUAGAAUUUUUACAAAAAUACGGUUUCGAUGGCUUAGAUCUUGAUUGGGAGUACCCAGCUACUAGAGGUGGAAUUCCAGAAGACAAGAAGAAUUUUGUUCUACUGCUGAAGGAAAUGAAGGAAGCGUUUUCAUCUCAUAACCUAAUGCUAACAGCUGCUGUAUCCGCUGGCCAAAAUACAAUUGAUCAGGCAUAUGAUAUACCAGCUUUGGGAAAGUAUCUCGAUCUCAUCAAUCUCAUGGCGUAUGAUUUCCAUGGAGGAUGGGACAAAGCGACCGGACAUAACUCGCCUCUUUACGCUAGGCCUGAUGAAGAAGGAGCGGAGAAAACUCUGAACAUAGACUAUGCCGUGAAAUAUUGGUUGCGAAAAGGCGCUCCAGCAGAGAAACUCAUUUUAGGAAUGCCCCUUUAUGGGCGAAGCUUUACUCUAAAAGAUGUCAAAGAGAAUGGACUCGGGGCUCCGGUUACUGGUAAAGGUAUGGCUGGAGAGUACACCCGAGAACAAGGAUUUCUUGGAUACCACGAAAUCUGCAAAAAGCUCCAGAAGGAGAAAGGAUGGAAAGUGACCACUGAAAAGCAUGUGCAGGCACCUUAUGCCGUGAAAGACCGACAGUGGAUUGGUUAUGAUGAUAUUAAGAGCAUAUCGGGAAAGGUUGAUUAUCUAAUCCAGAUGAAACUAGGUGGAGCCAUGGUUUGGUCCUUGGAGACAGAUGACUUUAAAGGCAAGUGCCACGGCUACAAAAAUCCUUUACUUAAUGCUAUUAAUGCUGUUCUGAAUGGAUCUUCGUUGCCUCUUCCGGAUCUUCAUAUUGAUGAGGACAAUUUCAUCUUCCAAGACAUCCCUUCAUCUUCUUCUACAUCAUCGCCAAAGUCAAGCACAGAAGUCACCCCCAAAUCGGUUGCUGUAACAACUGAAAAUCCAGAUGAUGAACCACUACCUUGCCCAAGUAAUGGCUAUUUCAGGCACCCCAAAGACUGUAAACUAUUUUACUUGUGCCAACCCAGGAAACCUGGACAAGACGCUGGUUACCAGAUCUAUCUGUUUACGUGCGGUGCAGGCACCGUUUUCAGUGAAGCCAUGCGAACAUGCGCCUUUCCGAGCAGUGUCCCUGGUUGUUCAGAGAGUUAAAAAGAAUGUCCUUUUUGCAUCACAAAAUGAAUGUUUGUAUGAAAUAUUAAAUUCAUGAACUAAAUAGUAUACCAACAUUUCACAAGGGGCAUUAUCUCUAACAAUUCAUAUCAGCAAUUUUUCUUUUUCAAAAACUUAUUGAAUACAUCAUUUUUGUUUAAAAUAGUCAUUACAUCUUUUAUUCUUUCUCUAAUAAUAAAUUUCUUAUAAUAUAAGUGCAUAUUAAUGGGAAAAUAGGAGGAUUAAAAUAAAUAGUCCAAAGUAUUUAAGUUAAGCAAGUGAUGAUUCUGGAACAACAAUUUUUGUGCAAUUAUUUUUCUAGAAACGAAAAUAAAUUCUUUUCUCUUUCCACUUUUUAAACGUAGGAAAUUAUUAAUAUAGGGAAGAAAUAAAGGAUGCAAAGUUUUCUGUUUAAGUAUUGAAUUGGAGGAUUAAAAGACCGCCGUAUCAUGACCUGAAAUUAAAUAAUUCAUCAAAGGAUCCAUUACUAAAUAAAAAGGUCUAUGAAUUCGAUGUUAAAGUCAACAUAUGCUGUAGCUUCUAAUGAAUGCAAAUAAUAUUAUAAUUAUCUAUCUUUGAUGACAGUUUUUCAGUUUCUUCAAUUAAAAAUGUUAAAUGCUUAUAAGUAAAUCGUCAAACAGUUUAACAAAUUAAAAACAGAUUCAAAGGCUUUUCGUAUAUCCCUUUUUAUUAAAUUUUUUGGCGUUCUAUAAAAAUUCAUAUAAAUAUGAGUCCAAUGUUUUCAAAUGUGAGAUUAUGUUAUUGAAUUAGGAGCAAGAUAAGAUUUUUUUUUUGGUAUGCAUUUCGAAUGAUAUCAAUAUUUACAAGUGAGUCGAAAAGAUAUGGCAUGCGUUAAAAUCACGCGGGCCGUUAAUUGCCAGCUGCGUAUGUGAUGCCAAUAAAAAUCCUCACAAUUUAGAGUUUUUUAAAAUAUUAUAAGUUCCAUGUACAGUGGACAUUAAAUAGUAAAAAGUAAAAGAAAACAUCUUUCCAGGGUGUAUUCAAUAGCAAACAUUUGCUGUCUUAUUAGUGCAAAAUGCUCAACAAUACUGUUAUAAUGUCUUCAAGACAUUACAUGGCAUUUAAAAAAUCGAAAAACAUCGUGGAGGUAUCGAAUUUUCAAAUAGCACAACAAAUAUCUUGUAUAUAAAUUUCUUGUUAUCAACUGAUUUCAUUUUAAUCGAGUCGAUUCAUAUACUAAUCAUAUGAAAAACGUAAUUCUUCAUAACAGAUUAAUUUUUUACUAAAUGUUACAUUAAUAACAUUUAAUAACUCAGAUUUGUUAGAUAAAAUAUUUGCACCUUUUAUCUAAUCGAGACCUUAUUUCUAACUACGGCACUGUGUCUAAAUUUUGUGCAACAUUUUUGAGCAGAAAAAAAUGUGCUGCUAUUCUGCCUUUGGAUAUUAUAAUGCAAAAGAAGAUGAAAAGUAUAUGAAAUUAUUUUUCAAGCUUUCACUUUUUUCAUGCAAAGUUAUUAAAUAUAUAAGAAUAUGAAAACUGAAAAUGGAAAUUUUAAGUCUACAUUGUAUUGUGUUCUAUAAGACGCAAAUGUUCUUUCUAGCUACGUUAACUAACUUACAAAAAUAAGUAUUCAAAAAGUAUUCAAAGAAAUAAGUUAACUAAAUAAACAUACUAUAAAUUCAAGGACUGUUAUUAAAAGUUACAUAAAACUUAUUCUAAUGACAUUAAAAAACACGAAUGGUUCAAAUUUAAAUAGGAUUACAUAAAUUAUACAGGCUUAAAAGGUAAUUAAAAGAGCUGUUUCAUGUUUUACCGUAAAAUCUAAAAUAAUAUUACCAAAAAAUAAUAUGAAAGUAAAAAAAACCGUACUUCAAAGAGAAAAGUUUUACUUGUUACAAAUUACACAACAUAAAUUUCAAAUUCAAACUGAUGUGCACCACUUUCAUCAUAUGGACGUGAAUUAUUUCAGUUGUUGAAAUAUGCAAAACACAAAAAUGAUUGCUUGUACCAUAAACGAUCAGAAGCAUUUCGUUAUUUUAUUGCCAAAUGCAAAUCAGUUUUUAUGUAUGGACGUGUUAACGUGUUUGUAACUUCUUUUGUGUAAACGUGUACAAAAAUACAAUG